AUGAAUCAUUUUCAUUCCUUGUCACUCGAUUGGAAUGAUACAGAAUUUAAUUGGAUUCGAUAUUGCACGAAUAAACGAUCUAGGAAUGACGAUCUUGAUGUAGAAAUUAGGGUUAAAUUAACGAAUCAUUUUCACAUUAUUGAAAAAGAAAUAUAUAAACUUCUGAUGGGAAGUUGUCUGAUAGUUAAAAAUUUGGAUACUGGAAAUGUGAUGGAACAUUCGGAAACUCCAAUGUAUUAUUAUUAUCUCACACGUACCAACGUUUCACUUGGAAACCUUACCGUCUUAUGUUGUGACUCAAACAUUGAUCAUACCUUUUUCCACGAACUAGCACAUGCUUGUAGCCUUUUGCAACGUUUACACAUUUUUAAUUGUAAUUCUGAUAAUCCUGGGUUGGCUAGAUUGAUUGAAGUUCAAAAGAAUCUAAAAUAUCUUGCAUGUUUGACUGAUUAUGAUGCCGAAAUGUUGAUUGUGCCGCCACUCGAGGCAAUAGGGAGUGCUUUGAUCACACAAGCGGAUUCACUCGUUCAUUUUAAAUUUGUUUAUAAUUUAGAAUUCUUUUUACCCUUGAAUAUUCUUACUGAAUUGAGUAGUAAUCUACAGAGAUUGGAUUUAAUUAACUUUAACAUUGAUUAUGGAGAUUCUCGUUCGGAACAAAUGUACAACAAUCAUAAAUUUGAAGAGCUGUUAAAAUUGACAACCUUCUCCAAACUUGAAGUUUUCAAGGUAGGGAUUAUUAAUCUUGAUGUGGCAAUAAAAGUAAUCGAACAAACCGAGGGGAACCUUUCAGAGGUUCUGCUUGGGUACUCAGAUUAUAAUGAGCGAUAUUCGGGAAGUUACAUUCGUGCGAUCUACGAAUGUUGUCCAAAGAUUCAAAUUUUAUCCUUGGGAAUCAAUAAGGGUGAUUUCAAGGAAUUCGAAAAUUUAUUAAUCAAGUGUCAACAAAUCCAAAGGAUGGUUAUCGAAACUUAUAAUUUUGAUGACGAUCACAUCAAGUUAAUCUUAGAAAUAUUAUUGAAAUCAUCUCCGAAAACUUUGCGAGAGAUUAGAAUUUCAUGGAGAUAUUGUAAAACCGAUUUGAAAUCGUUUUUGGAGAAUUGGAAGGAUCGAGUUCGGAUUACUUUGUAUUUCUUUGUGGAAAAUCAUUAUGAAAAAUAUUAUUUCGAUAUGAAUUAUUCAAAAGUACUCGAUCACUUUAGAGAAGUUGGCGUAGUAAAGGCUUAUCGAUAUGACGAUAUGUAUCAGAAUUUUUACAUGUUAAAUUAG